AUGGGCGGGAACGGGUUUUACAAGUACCGGUGCAAGUACUUCAUGUCGCACAAUUGCCCGAACUGGGUAUGGGUGGCCAACUCGCCCUGCGCAUCGUGCUUGGCGGACGGAAGAGAGAACGAGCAGGCCAAGAUGCCGGCGUGGGCGACCAUCUCCAGAGAUAUCGUGGCGCCCCGCGUCAGAGACGGAGUACUGCAGUACGUCGUCAUGGAACUGGUGCCCCCGACCGAGCCUGGUGAGACGUGGACCCUGCGCGACAAAGCGCCGCCUGCAGUGCCCGUAACGAGUGCAAUGCCGGACUCGACAGGGCUGGUGUCAUCACGGACUUGA